AGAAUCAUAUGUAAUGUAGCACUUUAUAAAGUUUAUACUACUAGAAUACUAUUCUUGCGGGAAAGUGGGAGCAGCCAGCACAGCACCGCAUAGAUUAGAACGAGCGAGGAGAGAAAAAAGCUUCUUACUCAAUUUAGGGUUCCGAUUGGAAUCGAUUCUGAAUUAAUCGAUUCCAAUAAGCACUGAAAAUCUGUUCUUACUAAUUCCUAUACUAUAGUAUAUACUAACAAAGGACAAUACAACAAAACGCUAUCUAGAAACGAAAAUGGUGACAGCUAACAAAGAAAUGGUUGUUUACUGCUUCGACACCCUCGUUGCUCACUACAACGGCGACCAACCUCCCCCUCCUUCCUUCGAGGAUGGUCAUCAUCCAUUGUUUGUUACUUGGAAGAAAGUGGUAAAUGGGGGAGAACCUCGUCUUCGUGGAUGCAUUGGUUCUCUAGAAGCACGUGGCUUGAUCAAUGGCUUCAGAGAUUAUGCACUGACUAGCGCUCUCAGGGACCGCAGGUUUCCACCUAUAGAGGCUAGGGAGCUUCCUCUUUUGGAGUGCACUGUCUCUAUUCUUACUGACUAUGAAACUGCUAAUGAUUACCUUGAUUGGGAGGUAGGAAAACAUGGUAUAAUUAUUGAAUUUUCUGAUCCUGACUAUAACACCAGGCGAAGUGCCACAUACCUACCUGAAGUGGCUUCCCAUGAAGGUUGGACUCAGUUAGAGGCCAUUGAUUCUUUGAUACGUAAAGCAGGCUGCAAUAGUAGAAUCACUGAUUCACUCAGGAAGAAAAUAAAGCUAACCAGAUACCAAAGCACCUUAUUUACCAUGCACUAUGGUGAAUAUGUUGCCUAUGUGAAGCAAACAAGAGGUGAAGCUCCAUCCAUUGUUGGAGCUAAGUUACCUAGCUAGUUAUUUUUUCAGACAUUUUCUAAUGCUUGCAUAGCUUUGAUGGUAAAAGAAGGAAUAUAAUUUCCAAAAGAAAAGAACUUUGUGCAAAUUUGUUUUCUUAACUAAACUACUGUAACUACUUCCAGCUCUUUACAUUCUUCAAAUUCAUUUGAUUUUGAAGUAAUUGAUUGUGCUGGACUCAGAUUCUCUGAACAUACUUGUUGUAUCAAUCACUUCAGCAGCUUGGGAAAAGCUGCAACAUUGUUAAAACGAUUGAUGUUAGUCUUGUUAAAAAUUGGAAUUGGAAUUUUAA